GCACGUUCCUGGAAAGCCGUCACCAGAAGGAAGCUACACCUACGAUUCCGUUCCCGUUUCAGUUCAAGUUAGGUCAGCGUCGAAAAUGGGGGUCCAAACAAGGCUGCUCUUCCUGAUUUUCUGUUCAUAUGGAUGCUCGGCGAUACCUUCGUCUAUGAUAGAUCAGAUCAAGGCUAGGGAGAUGCGACCUAAUAAAGUGAAGAGAGUCUCAAUAGCCGCUGAAGAACCCGAGGAAAGCCUGGGGAUCGGCAACCAUUACUAUGGAAACCCGACUGCCAUCAAGAGAGGUACGGAGAUGAAAAACGAGGCAGCAGAUGAUGAAUCGUCCGACGACAAUGACUGGUCGCCCAGCGAACAGGCCAUUUACCAAAACGUCGAUAACGAUUUUCAAUCAACGGUGUACAACGACGAGUCUUCUCAAUCUGCAAACGAUAUGGACGACUACGACAAAGGUCUUCAGUACGGGAACCGAGAAAAAUUCGAUGAGGCCAUAGAGAAUGCAGUGCUGAAGUCUGAAUUCUACGGGAACCUGGAAGGCGAUAAGAAGAAGAGGAAGAAACGCAAUUCCAGACAGUACAGUUUUGGCAAUAGUGCAGCAUCCGACGACCUGUCCCCAGAAGAAGUUCUAGAUCUCCUGACAUUAUACGAGAGUGAACGUCAAAAACCGGAGGACACUCUGAGCAAUCUAGAACAGGACAACUCGAUUUGGUUGGACGUCCCAGUACGACCAGGAGCAAUCCUUCCCAGCUCAUCGAACUUUGGCCCGGCUUACCACUUGGAUCGUAGUCCGUCGAAUUUCGAAAAAUCCAGAUGGUCGGAUACCAGAAACAACAAGCGCUUCAUGGUCGCGAAGAAGAGGAACGAUCCCACUAGGGAAAUACGGUACAUCAAUGGACCAACCAAGCAUGACUACUAUUUUCUCUCGCAAUUAUUGAACAAUAGGAGAGAAACGAAUGUUCCUGUUUUCCACAGAUAUGUUCUCUAAGCGGAACAAGAUCACUGAUCGAUAUGAUGUGUUGAAAGCUAUAUUCUUGGAUGUGAAAACUAUAGUAUCUGUGUUAUUAGAUAAUUGAUGUAUAUUUUCGGAUAAUUGUUUAUUCUAUGAUAUACUAUUAGGUGUUAAGAAGAACAGUCAGUAUAAUAUUUAAAUAAGUGGAAUUAUUCAAUGGACCAUUAUAUUUUGUGUGUAGUAGUGCUGCAAAAUAGACCUGAAAUGCUUCA